AAAGGGUUUGUUUUUAACAUGGUCAGAAAAACAAAAAGAAAAAUCAAUACAACAGAAUGAACUAACAACUGAUAAAAACGUUAAAAAUGAUAUAGCUAAUAAUGAAAUCAAUACUGUUGAAGUGAUUACAUUUGAAUAA